AUGACCGACUACAUGGCCCAGAUGCUCGACGAGCUGAUGGGCCCUUCCCAGGAAUGCGUUUGCAAAAGCCAUCUGGUUGGUUUCUGCCCAAACGAGCUCUUCCGAAACACCAAGGCUGACCUGGGAAUUUGCCACUUGAGGCACGAUGAGCGGUUCAAAGAGGACUACAAAAACAGCCCCAAAUUUGAAAAACUGGGUUAUGAAGAGGGCUUUAUCGAGAGGUUGCGAGGUUUGGAUCGAGAAGUAAAACGCAGAAUUGAUAAGAAUAUGCAACGGCUGGAAAGUGGUGUCAAGGCUUUUAUGCCCGAAGAAGCUGAAAUGAAAAAGAAAGAAGAGGAUAAGAUCACAGAAAUGGCCAAGAAAAUUGAGAAAAAUCUGGUGAAAAUCCAGGAAUUAUGCGAACAAGGAAACGUUGCUGCUGGCGAGGAGCUUCUAAGGGAAAAUGAAGUUUUGGAGCAACAACAAGAAAUGUUGAAGCUGAAUCAGGAAGAAGUGAAGAGGAUGGAAGGCCAGUCGAAUGAUCCAAAGCCCAUGCACGUUUGUAAGGUGUGUGGCUGUUACAUGCUUGUCAAUGAUGCACAAUCCCGUAUCGAUGAUCACCUGAUGGGGAAAAUGCACUUGACAUAUGGUAAAAUCCGUGAAACAAUCGAGGAAUGGGAUAGGAAGCGGGAAGAGGAUCGUAAGCGACGGCAAGAAGAGCGCGAGAAACGAGAUAAGCGAAGUGAAAAGAAACGGGACGAUCGUGAUGAGAAAAAGAAAAAGCGAUCCCGCUCACGCUCCCGUUCGAAGGAAAGGAAGCGUUCGAAAGAGAGAUACGAUCGCGAUCAUCACCGCUCCUCCAGCCAUCGUCAUCAUGGAGAUCGUAAGCACCACAGCAGCCGUCGUUAUGAU